AUUAUAUGUAUUAUAAUAACCUUCAACCUUCUAUUCUUCACCUUGGUAAGCUCUUUCGCUUGCCCACCACCACCACCACCAAAAACAAGCAAGCCACCACCUAAGCCAAGCGAUCCAGCACCAGUCCCAUCAACCGGAGCUUGCCCUAAGGAUACCCUAAGCCUGGGUCUGUGCGGUAAUCUUCUGAACGCUUUGUUGAAUGCAACAAUGGGUACUCCACCAAUGACCCCUUGCUGUAGCCUCCUUGGCGAUCUUGAAGCUGCUGUUUGUCUAUGCACUGCCAUUAAGGCUAGUAUCUUGGGCAUUAACCUAAAUGUUUCAACUGAUGACAUGAGCUCGUUGCUUAACUACUGUGGCAAGAAGCUUCCUGAAGGAUUUGAAUGUGCAUAGAUUAAUAAUUAAUUUCGUCAAUUUAUUGGUAUAUGAUAUACUUGAAUUGAUGUUAAAUGAAAUAAUUAAUUCAUAAUGUUAUUAUUAAUUUGUAUUUCUUAAUUAA